GUAACCGCUUACAAAUCGGGGUGUCCAUCAUGUUUUUCGCUUAGUAUUCGGACACCGGUGCUCGUAUACUGGAACUCGUAUAAUUUUCAUUUACCGCAAAGAUAAUCCGGCAAGGGCGGCAUCUAACACAGGACCCAUUCCCAUUCCCCAUAUUGGCCCUGCUAGCUAGCCCCUCUAGGAACUACCGCCGUGCCCUCGAUACAUUCAUGCUUUUCUCAAUAGUUGGUGUUAUAUUUUGCCAAUUAACACGCUGAGAGGAGAGAGAUUUAUAUAUACAGGUCGAUCUUUAUUUAGGAUUCAUUUCUCGUCGUGCCACUCCUCUACUCGCCCGAUAGCUCCCCUCAUUGAUCUUCGAGAGAGCGAGUACCAGAGUUCUGACACUACAGAUCCCAGUCUACUCAGCCCUGAAGGUGGAAUCCACAAUUGUCAGUCCUUCUGGGCAAGGCUGACAAUUGUGGAGAAUCCAGCACCACGCCGAUUCCACAUUCAGCUUUCUUCCUAGCUCGUGCUCUUUUCAAUUCCCCAAAUAUACCCGGCCUCUAUAUAUUUCCACUUCUUCCCGUCAGCUGAGUUACUGUCCAAGGAAUUCUGCACUUAGGAGCCGUCAGCUUCAGCUGCACAUUGCCACUCAACGGCACAGUUCACACACUUGUUAUUCCUCUGUCGACGACAUAUAUACUUCCUCCAACUGCAAUCAUCCUGAAUCUUGCAGAAGUCUCAUAUCUCUUCCUCUACCGACGAAAUGGCCGACGCCGUACCUAAACCAGAGGAGCCCGUCUCCAAUGACGCACCCGCCUCCAACGACACCCAGCAACAACAAGAAGAACCCAAUUCCCAGAACGAAAAGUCCGAACAAGAGCCAGAAGCACAGGAUGGCGGUUCCCACCACGCAGACCAGGAAUCCGAAGCCGUAGGGAAGCGCUCGAAGAAGGGCAAAUUGAAGGACAAGGUCGAUGAGAAGAAAAAGAAGGCUUACGAGAUGGCCAACCCCCCGGGUGGAUACGACUCGACGCCCGUCCCGUCGGCUCCAGAUGGAUACACCGUCAAAUUCACAUUCGUCCGUGCCGAGAACCUGCCCAUUGGAGAUCUGGGCACGGGGUCUUCGGACCCGUGCGUGAUAGCGACCUUGACGAGCCAUGGGAUAAAACCGAGACACAAGGAGGACCCUGAGAUGAGACUGCGGACAAGGACGAUCCAAAAGGAUACCAAUCCUGUGUGGAACCAGGAGUGGAUCGUGGCAGGCGUGCCGAGCAGUGGCUUCAAACUGAAGUGCCGCCUCUACGACGAGGAUGCCAAUGACUCGGACGACCGACUUGGCAACGUGACCGUGGUGGUGCCACACAUCAGCGAGAACUGGGAGGGGAUGCGCGAGACUAGCUUCCCGGUCAAGAAGCGGAUGGGCAGCUGGCGCGCGUAUCUCCUAAAAAGCAUCACGACGAUGUGUGGCAGCGAUGGUGAUCUGUCGGGUCAGCUGUUCUUGAGCAUGGAGGUGCUGGGAAAGAGCGAUAAGCCGUAUGGGAAGAUGUAUACCGUGGGACCUACGGGGUGGACAAAGCACUACAGUCCCAUGAUUGGACGUCUAGCUGGCACCAAGGCGCCAAAGAUGGAGGGACAUGAAGGCGAGAAGGCCAAGGUUGAAAGAUAUGAUUUCCAAGCCAACCAGAUGCAACUGCAAGGCCCUGUCCCCGACGAACUCUACCACCGCUUUGUAGAAUUCAAACCCUUCGUCAAGGGCAUGUUCGACAAGACUGGCCUCCGCGGACACGUGCUAAACGCCGCCCUCCACCACCAGCACGCGCGCGUCUACAACUACUCCAACACCACCACCCACGGCACCAUGGAACCCAAGUCCCAAGAAGCCGCGCUGCAGUUCCUCAAACUCGCGCACUUCGACGAAGGCAGCCGCCUCUUCACCUACGUCCUCACCCUCGACGGGCUCCUCCGCUUCACCGAGACGGGUAAGGAAUUCGGCAUCGACAUGCUCAGCAAACACACCAUGCACAGCGAUGUCAACGUCUAUAUCGCCUGCUCGGGCGAAUUCUUCAUCCGCAGACUCAAAUACAAGAAUAGCAGCCCCGAAGAUUCAAGCCAGCAGACCCACCCCACAGACGACAUCGAAGGCGGACCACCGCACUCCCCUCCCCCCAAGGACCCAUCGAACUACGAACUCGUAAUCGACAACGACAGCGGUACCUACCGCCCUGACGGUUCGCUCCUCCCCGCACUCCAGUCCUUCCUCGAAGCCAACCUCCCCGGCCUCAAUAUUGUCACCAAGCCGUGCACGGACGACAAGCUGCAGCGCAUGAAGAAGGAGCAGCGCGAGACGAAGAAGAGGCAGGGCGAGCAGAUACAGGUGUACCAGGGCGAUAUCAAUGGGGGCUGGAGCUCGAGUGAUGAGGAGAGCAUGGAUGAGCGCGCAAAGGGGAAGAAGAGUAAGAAGGAUAGGGUGUUUGAUGCGAUUGAGGAUCCGGAGGCGGCGAUUAGGGGGUUCAGACAUGGGGGCAGGCCGAAGAGGGAGGAGAGGGAGGGGGAGGAGGAUCGGGUUGAUUAUACGGUUGAGGCUGGGGAGGGGGAGGCGAAGAAGUGAUGUUCGACCGAUCGAUAGUGAUGGUCGUUAAGUCGGACGCGUGGAGGCUUUUAGUGCCAUUGCUUUGUAUAUGGGCUUCUCUACUACUUUAUUUUGCGGGCGGGUUUUCGUUUGUUUGCCAUGGAUGCGGAGGGAUUGCAGGAAUAUUUUGUUGUUAAUACGCGGACACCCAGAUGGCGGGUGAUAUACACGGCCUUGCGGCUACUUAUGCGUUUUCUUUUUAUCUUGGGGGUAAGGGAUGCAUGUCUUGCUUGGGAGCAACUGCGAUGGGGGGUGUUCACAUUUUUCUUUUGCAUGCAUUGUUGCCAGUCGAAGAGAGCUAUCUCAAGUUCAGGAUAUUCACCAUUACUUUUUCUCUUUGUGCCAAGUUCAGUCUUCUUCCGUGUAUCUGAGUCCAGAUAUUGGUACUUCAUGGAAAGAAUUGAGGAUAUUUGGCCUUGGCUAAGUUGGCGACCUUGAGCUUGAGCGGCAUACCAGGCUAUAAGUGCAGGCUGAGUGCACGGUGUAAUGGCGGGUGCACCAGAUGUGAGAAUCUAGCCACCUAAGGAAGGGAUGAUUUUACUAAGACAACACACUGUCUUAGGAAACAGAG